AUUCCUUUGCAGGAUAUGAGGUGUGACCAAAUGAAGAAUCGAAACUUAACUUCCAGUGCUCUUUCUGUAUGGGUGUCUAUCUCCAUUACUAUGUGUAGAGCAUAACUACCUGCUUCAAUGAGAAAAGUAUGAGGAAAAAGACAGCGAGACUAAGUAUUUUUAUAAACGGAGAGAACUAGGAUUGAGACCACGGGACGAAAAUCGAACUGCGUGGGGUGCGGCCCGCACUGUCCUAUAUAACAUGUUAGGACACCUUCUCAGCGCCGUAGAAAGGUGGAGUGUGUAAAUGCAUUUUUUGGGAUAACGCAACAGUUUGUGGUCUUUCGGGAAAGUUUUAUUUUCGCUGGAAAGCUCUUGAAUUGAAAACAUGGGUGAAAACAUGGCAGAGGUACCUACUUUUAUUGGCGAAUGGAGCAAAACGCAAUUAAAACACUGGAUUGUUGAUCAACUAAAGCUUGAUCAAAAAUAUGCAGAUAUUUUGUACUCUGAGGAUGUAUCCGGCUCAGAGCUACUGUGUUUUGUUAAAAAAGAUCUCCUUGAUAUUGGGGUCAAGACAGGGCCUGCAGUUACUAUACUCUGUAAGAGAGAUGAAAAUGUGAAAUUUGCAAACUUGAAUAAAAUAAUGCCUAAGGAUUUAACCACAUCACUUAAUUUACCAAAUAAUUUAGACUGUUGGUCUAAAGAGCAAGUAAUGCAGUGGGUUGUUGCAGAACUAAAUAUUGAUAAAAAAUAUGCUGAAAUUCUUCAUAAUGAAGAUGUGUCUGGUACAGCACUUCAGUAUCUUAAAAAAGAAGAUUUUCAAGACAUGGGCAUAAAAGCUGGGCCAGCUGUUAAAAUACUUUAUAAAAUAGAUGAAUUUAAGUGUAUCCACAAAGACAACAAAACAGAAAUUCAUACUGAAAAUUCAAAAGCAAAUGCUCCAAAAUGUAGUGAAACAAUGCAUGAACUUGACUCAUCAGACAAAGUAACUGCUUACAGUUGCAUACCAGAAAAGCAUAAUGAAGAUGAUGCUGUAAUCAAAUAUAUAAAACAAGCAAACUGUAUUGCACCAGAAGAAAAGGUUAGUACCCUAUAUGAAACAAGACUAAGCAGAACUGAAACACUAGCUCUAACACAUCACAGAGCAGUAACUGAUAAAAGAAAAAUAAUUGAUAAAACAGAACACAAUGCAGCAGAAAUAACUGAAAAAUCAAAGGAAUUACAGCCAGAUUCAAAAGCUGUGGUAACCGCAACAGAUGAAAGAAUGUGCCAGAAAAGUAAAGAUAUGGUUCAAACAAUAUCUGAUGUAUGCCUAGAUGCAACUGAAGUAAGAAAAAUUAAUUUUGAAGCAGUUAGUGAGGUUACAUCAAAAACAGAAGAGCAUUCUAUUGGUGAAUCAAAAUCUAGACAAACAACUGCUCUUGGACCACUCACCAAAAUAGAACAACCAGCUGGCAAGACCAAACGAGUACGGAACCUUAAAUCGCAAAAGAAUAAAAAUAUUAAAAGUGCAACAGCUAACAGUGCGGAAAAUAAUAAAAUGUCUAGUAAAAAAGAUGAUCAGGCAGGGGAGAUGAAUAAUGGAGUGGACAUCAGUAAAAAAGACAUAAAGAAAAAAUAUACUGAAAAAACAACAGAGAAAACAAAAAACUGUAGUUAUAUAACCCUAGUAGUAAAGGAUGAAACCACAAAUGAAGAAGCUUUUGUUUCACUAGAUAAGCAUAAAGAUGUAGGAACACUGAGUACUAGUUCUGGAACAGGAAAUGACAAAGCAAGCAACAUAUCAGAAAAAAAUCCUGAAGGUGGCAGCAAAGUUUGUUUGGAAAGAGAUGAGAAAGAGCAAUAUAUAACUUGUACUAUAAGGAAUGAAUAUGAUACACUGGUUUCUGCUGCCUGUAAUCACUCUGAUAAUAUUGAUGAUGAUGCCCAUGACACUGUUACCGUCAAAACAAAAGAUCAGACCAGUACUACAGAAAGACAAAAAGUAAAAGAAAAAAUGUGCAGCAAAACAGACCAAAAGAUGUCAAAAAAGGACACAUCAGAUAUGUCAAAAGUUCUUAAAGACUCAGAAAUAACAAAUAACAACACUGACUCUGCAUUUUCAUCUCUAGUCACAGAAAAUAAUACAUCAUUAAUGAGCUGUGUACUUGCUGAGAACAAAAACAUGAUGGAUGCUAAUCAUGUGAAGGAUCAGAGACAUAUAAAGUGUACUCAGACUAGGUAUGCAGAUUUAAGUCUUCAUACAGAAGAAGGAAGAAAAGAAAGCAAUUUUGUGCUGCAACCAGAACAAGAGAAUCUUCAGACCAUUAGACAUUUUUGCCAGUCACACCCAUUUAACUGCACACAAGCUUGUAAACGAUACAUAGUAAAUGAAUGUUUGUGUCCUGAAACAGGUCCUUCUAACCUAAUUGAGCCAAUUCAUGAGUUUAAGCUUUUCAAAAAUACAGAAAAUGCAAAACAGGAGGACAUUCUUAAGAAGUUUAGCAAUGAAAGUUUUAGGUUUGCUGCUGCAUGCAUAAACAGUCGUACUAAUGGCACAAUUCAUUUUGGAGUUGGAGAUGUAAAGUCUGGGUAUUGUCAUGGAACAAUAUUAGGACUUGAAGUCGAUGACCCAAGUAAAUAUAUUGAUGCUCUUGACAAAAGCUUUGUUCAAUAUUUUGAGCCAAAUGAUAUUGAGGAUGCAAAAAUGUGUAUCAAACCACCAAGAUUUGUUGAAGUUAUCAGUUCCAAUCAAGUACUUUCACAGAAAUUUGUGAUUGAGGUUGAUGUUGAGCCAGUAUAUUGUGUUUGCCUGGAGAAAAUGUAUUAUAUUUGUAUGAUGAACCAAAAUGACAAACAAGAGUGGAGAAAAAGUAAAGAAAAAUACUUAUUUAUCCGUGAUGGGGCAAGCAGUAGAAACAUUCUUGCAAACAGAAAUGAGGCAGACAGAGGGAUUGCAUUGUUGUCAUUCCAGAAACAGAUUAAAACCCUUGCUGAGAGGAGAAAAGCAGCAGAAGAAAAAAUAUCAACUAGAAAAGCCACUAGUGAGGGAUCAAAUCUCAUCAGGAUGCUUACAGGUGGCAGAGACUCUCUUGACAAUUCCUAUUAUGAAUGGUAUGUAAUGGUAGUAAACAAGUGUCAUCCAAACCAAAAAGAUGACCUAACAUUUUUGAAAGAGAUAAAAUGGUUUGCAGUGCUAGAUUUUGAUCCUGAGUCUGUUACCAGUGGUGUGUGUGAACUAUAUCGACAGGACAGAGCAGCGAAUCUUCACUUACCAAGGUUAUACCAAGAUUUGGAAACUGUAAACAGAGAGAAAUUUCAAGAAAUGAAUUUGUACAAGCAGCCAAGUUGGAUAUUUUGUAAUGGAAGAUCAGAUCUGGCAGGUAAAGAAUAUAAACCACUAGAAUCAAAAUUAUGGCUCAGAGAAAGAGCUGCAGUAGUUAGAAAGCUAGUAACUUUCCUUUGCCAGCCAGAUGUACUACAGAAUGGCAAGUUCUUGGUAGUGUUUUUGCUUCUGUCUACUGUAAAUGAUCCAAAAGAUCCAAUUCUUGAGACAAUGUCAUUUUUUUAUCAAGAACUAAAAGGUGAACAUGACAUAUUAUGCAUUUGUACUCAAGACAAACAUUUUCUGCCUUUGGUAAAAGACAGAUUUGACAAGGAAUUUGAAUCCAGAUGCAUUUCACAGUUAAACCUUUCUGACAUAAACACUACUGUGCUAAAGCUAAAAUCUGUCACUCAGUCUUCCAAAAAGUUUCUGCCUGCUGGAAAUUCAACUUCCACUAUUUUGGAGAAAAAAGACGAAGAAAUGAUGACAGAACUUGAAAUUUUAUGUGAAAAUCAAUGUGAAGGUACAGAUAUUGAAAAGGAUGUCAGUCGAUUCACUGAAUUUAAAAUCUCACAGGAAGAACACUUUUACAGAGGCGGCAAGGCAUCAUGGUGGAAUUUUUUUUUCUCGUCUAAAGGUUAUUCUGAAUCUUUUGUUAAGCGUGAUGCUUAUGUGAAACUGGAGAAAAUGAUUAAUUUAGGACUGGAUUCUCCUUUGUGUGUGAAAAUUAUUAAUCUGUUCCAUCAUCCAGGCUGUGGAGGGACAUCAUUGGCAAUGCAUGUUCUUUGGGAAAACAGAAAGAAAUUCAGAUGUGCAGUGCUAAAGAGUAAUGCAGUUGAUCCUGCAGAAGUUGGAAGACAGGUCAUAGACUUGCUGACAUACCCCAAAACUCAUUCCUGCACAUAUGUGCCAGUUCUUCUGCUAGUUGAUGACUUUGAAGAGAUAGAAAAUGUUAAAUUAUUACAGAAUUGCAUUCAGCUUGCCACUGCAGAGAGAAACCUUAGGUUUCAAUCAGCUCUUGUUAUUAUCCUCAAUUGCAUACGGUCUCAGGAUCCAGACAAAAGUUUAAAAGCAAGCAUUCUGGAUAGUAUUUCACUUAAACAUGAACUUUCUGAUGUUGAACAAAGACUCUUUAAAGAAAAAUGUAAAGAAAUAAAAGACCAGCACAAGAAAUUUGAAGACUUCUAUUCAUUCAUGAUUAUGAAAAAUAAUUUUGAUAAAAAGUACAUUGAAAAUGUGGUACGCAAUACUUUAAAGGGUUUAUGCAUUUCCACUAGACAGGCUUGGCUAAUUUCAGUUUUGGCAUUACUAAACUCUUACGUUAAGGGGUCAUCACUGUCACGAUCAAAAUGUGAAGAGUUUUUAGGUAUUAGUGAUACCAGGACCUACUGGAUAAAACAAAAGUUUGAAGAUGUGGUAGGUACAUAUUCUACUCUUUUUAUACAAACUGAAGUUGAAGAGUAUGGACGCUACAAAGCUAUGUGCAUUAGCCACCCACUUAUUGCAAUCCAGAUCCUCGAAGAACUAAAAAGUCAGUAUAAACUCCAGAAAAGUACCAUCACAGUACAACUUUUGACAGAAAACAUAUUUUAUGAACGAAACAAUGGAAAAGAGAAACACUUGCAGGAUGUCUGGAGUAUGCUGAUUACUAGACACCGAAAAGAGCAUGGUGAUGAAAUGGACACACUGUUUUCUCCUCUUAUUGAAGCAAUACAAAAAGAUGAGGGAAAUGCAGAAGUAAGGAAUGUUUUGCAUGAAGCAGCAGGCAGGUAUGAUGAUAGUCCAUUUAUUUGUCAGGCCCUGGCAAGGUACUUCUAUCUGAAAGACAAAGAUUUUGUUUCUGCACUUAAAUGGGCAAAGAAAGCUAAAGAACAGGCAAAGAGUAAUUCUUAUAUUGCAGAUACUUUGGGUCAAGUAUUUAAAAGUGAAUUAAAAUAUAAAUUGGAAACUAUAACUACUGACAAAACCAUUAUCACUCCAGACCAACUGAGAAACUAUUUAUAUCUCGCCCAGUCUGCAGCAGAGGCAUUUAGAGAGUCACAAGAGCUUGCUGAAAGAAAGGGAAAUGAGGCUGUGGAAUGGCAAGAUCAAAAGGUGAGAAGAAAGUAUGAAACAUACAAUACUCUUGGAUAUCUUGGUGAAAUUGAAGUUGCUGGUUAUAUUGUUGAGAUAUUAGGGACUGUAUCAUUGUUUAAUAAACAAAAGGAAAUGGCACACACACACCUUGUUCAGUAUCUCUCAGGUAGUAUGCAGUUGCGUCAUGAAGAAUUUACAAGUGAGGGAGACCUCAAAUACCUCAGUGUUUUAGAAGACUAUGAUGGGUAUCUUAGCAGGCUCAGGAGUGAUGUUAAACGAGCUUAUGAGUUCUUUUUGAAUUACUUUGUACAUUUGAAACCUCGAGUCACGGAGAGAGAAACCGCUGAAUUUAAAAUUCGCUGCAGAGUUUCAGAGCACUUUGCCAAAUACAAAGAUUUCUUUUGCCAGUUUGAUAAAAAGUUUUUGGAUGAAUGUAUGAAAUCAUCAAAACUUAGUUUUCAACUUCAGAUCCAAGAAGCAAGAAACUUUUUAGAGGCACACAAGGCUGAUUGUUUUUCUGGCUUAAUCGAGUACCUUUCUCAUUCUGGCUUAAAUGAAUACCUAUCACAUGAAGACAAAUGUGUAAUUGUAGAAAAAAUACUUAAGAGUUAUUGGUUUAUUCUAGAUGCAUCAACAAAGAAAAUUUACCCCAAAGAUAAAGUAAAUUUCAUUUUAGCCAAUGUUGUUCUUCACUGUAUAAAACCAAAAUCAAAACAUAUCCUACCAUAUGAGAACCUCAAAAGCAUAUUGAAAGAGGUUUUGCAUGAAGUAGGGACAGACUACAGGUAUGCAGAGCCAUACUUCUUAGCUGUGCUGUUUUUCUGGCCCAGUCCUCAAAAAAAGGAAGACAAAGAGUCUAAAAAUGUGACACAGUACGUGGAAGCAAUGAGAAAGGGUUUCAGAAGUCAAUACAGACGUAUGUGCUUCUCAAAACAACCUAUAGCACACUUCUAUCUUGGUAAAAAGAGUGAAUUACGUAAGUUUUUAUCUAAAGCAGAAAUUGAUGGAUGUUUCAAAGAUGUUCCAGAUUUAGAUUAUCUUUGGCAGACUGGUGAAAUAUGGAAAGAUGAAAAAAUUAAAAAUUUGCUUUGCCGAGUAGAAGGUAGAACCGAUAUAGAUGAUAAAGUCUAUGUGGUGAAUGGAUUUGAGGACAAAUUUCGUAUUCCUGUACGCCCAGUUUAUCUGGGAAAGUUAAGAAGUGGAAGAAGCAUUGAAAAACUGUCUUUUUAUUUAGGAUUUUCCAUUGAUGGUCCAGUUGCUUAUGACAUUGUAUGAUGCUUGAAAAUGACAGUGUUGAAUAAGUACUGCAGAGUUAAGCAUCUCAUUUAUAGUUACUUAACAGUUUUUCAAAUGGGGAAAUAUUUCUGUCUUUGUGUUGCUUCAUAAUUGGUCUUAGAGAACUAUUACUCUUUAGUGU